AUGGCACCAGAGACGGGCGAGACGCUCACGUCUCGGCUCCCUUUCGGCCCUACGUUUCCCAUCGAGGCUACGAUCCAGCCCAACUCGAUUCCCCUUCCUUGGGACCAAAAACACCAAGCAUGGGCGACGCCCAACUCGUUCGCCGAUGCGAGCAGCUACAUGCUUCCCCCUACAUUCACUUCUAGUGACAUUCACCGCUCUAAUUCCCCCAUGUCGACGCAGCCGAGUGCCGAAGGGUUUCCCAUGCUGCCCCCCUCUACUCCCGGUGCGCUUCAGCACAAUGUCAUCAACACGAGCGACCUGAAUGCUAGGAAUUCGAUGAACUGGGGUAAGGGCGACGGAUGGUUCAGUCCCACCGGUGCUGCGCCAGGCACCGGCGCCGUCCCGGGCCUAACGAUGGGCAUGAGCCCCGAGAAGCCCGAUGCGAGCGUCGCUGGCAUGGGUCUGCCUUCAAGUGGCAUCGACAUGCAGCUUUUGCAAAACUUCCAGCCUAGUGCUCCGUGGCUCAACAGCCAGAACGAGAGUAGCUGGCAGGACCUUUCCGCGCAGCCCCACAUGGCCGGCAUGAACCUGAUGGGCCUGCCCGAGUCGCAAGGAGUUCCGAGCAAUUUUGCCAGUCAGCAAAAGGGGAGCAAUGGCCCUAAUGUGCCUAGCCCAUACGAGCCGUCCAUGUCUUCUUACCACCCACUGCAGCAGCAGCAGCAGCAACAACAACAGCAGCAGCAGCAACAGCAACAACAGCAACAGCAACAGCACAUGUACGGUGGUGCCCCCAACGUGAAUCAGGGCAAUGGCAUGCCAGGGCGAAUGGACUUUGACUCUAUGAGUCAGACCUACAAGCUUAUGAAUACGAGUUCGAAUGAGAGUGAUCUUUCUCUGUUGACCAAACCAAUGGUACCGACUGAGCAAGGUCCGCCGUCUGCAGAGACUGGCACUCCUAGCAUCCCGUCGGAAACAGCGUCGGAAAAAGAAGUCAUCCAGCACAAUUGCAAGGCGGCUCUAGACAAUUUCUUUGGAUCCGUGUCGGCGCAAGGCAUUUCAACGCAAAAGCUAGCCGACUUUUGUUUGCGUCAAGGUCACACUGAGGUUUCGCCGGACACGACUGGUGAGCAGACGCUUGGACUGCUGAGCCCGCAGAGACACAGUGGGAGCACAGCGGUGGAGGCGGUGUGCAUCCGAGUUCUUGACAAGGAUGGCCAAGUGAAGCUCUGCCCCGCGUCGUCGUACUACCGCGAUGUGCCGAGUAUGUACAAGGGUGAGGAAACGGGAGUGGAGUACCCGGGUGGUGUGUUUGGAGGUGCAACGCGCGCCCAUGCGCCUGUCCCCCAAAAAUCGGAGAAGUCGCUCUUCCCCACGGGUCGAUGGUCGGACACCGACUAUGCGAAGUUGCUGAGUGAUGCGCAACGCCUCUUGACGCGGUCGGCGACACCGGUGUUGCUGAGCCUCGGCAGGGGUGAUCUGCAGCACUCCCUUCCGUUCUUGCAGUGGGAUUUGAUUGAGCACUACGUCACGGCUGUGCGUCAACCGACGACGAACGAGUGGACGCCGGUCCAGGCGUGCCAGCGCCAAGCACUGCUGUUGCUGAUUGCCGCGGUUGCCUCUACACUCUUCCCCGCCAUCCGCAUCCCCGGUGACGAAGGGACGAAAGGCGUUAGUGCGUCUGCGUGGGAGUUUGGCUACCAGUGCUACUAUACGGCGCGUGGCCUGUUGGCACCUCGCAAUGUCCAGCUUGGAGGAAAUGAAGUGACACUGGACUAUGCCCAGAGCAUGGUUUUGCUCAACAUCUAUUUCACGCGGUGCCAGCAGUACGCAGAUGCGUUCUCCGCACUCGCACACGGUGUCAACACCUGUCUCAAGCUUGCCCAGCAGCCAAUCGUGCAGCAGCCUUCCAAUGCGACGCUUGCUUCGACCAUCUUGCAGCGCGAGAUGGUGAAGCGCUGCCUAUGGGUUUUGUGCCUGUUGGAGCGCCUGCACCGCGCCGAAACGCGCGACGGGUCGCCUGCGCUGUUCUCCGACGCGAUUCUCUCGCUUGAAAAGCCUGUUCUGUUGCGCGGCCUCAGCGUUUCCGAGUGCCGCCCCGAUGAGGGUCUGACGCAGGACGCGUUCAACGUGUUCCUGAGCCAGCUGUCGUUGGCGCAGCUGCUCGCCGAGGCCAACACGCACGGUAUCUUUUUCAUGGACCCUAGCACGCUGCCAGAAGGGAGUCCGACCUAUGCCGCUGCUCAUACAUUGAUCGAAAAAGCAAAGCGCUGGGUCGCAGAGACUCCCUGUAUCCUUCGCCCAGUCUCGACCGACCAAUUCUCCGAUCCUUCCGCGGGCACGUGGACCACAUCUGCAUCCAUCAAUAUGAAGGGCCUUUUCCAAGCGAUGAUGGCCCAAGUCUUUCAAUUCACGCUUGUGUAA